AUGGAUGCCGCAACGGCCGUGCUCUUGGCGCAGACGGACCACCAUCUGUUCGAGGUGGCACACCCGCGGCUCGACGUCUUCGACUCGCCGCGCUGCACGCGCCUCGCCACGCAGGCGUGGACGGGCCGGCGCCUCGUCGCUCUCGCCGCCACCUCGAUCGAACCGCGCUUUCGUGAUCCAGACAUCGCGGCCGUUCAUUCCGGCUCGCACGAGGCACAGCGACCGUUAGGCUCCGACGUGGCACCGGGCGCCAUUCCGAUCCGGCUGUGCGAGGACGCGUAUCCCGGGUGGAUAUCGGCUGCUGACGUGGCUGAAGGCGCCAUCCGUCACCUGUCCAUUGGCUCAGAGAGUGCAACGCGAGAGGCAGGCAAUGCGGGGGAUAGGGUCAAGCGGAAGGGCGGAGGAGGGGAGUGUGAAGGCGGAGGCACAGCAGAGAAUGGGGGCAUGGGGGUGGGGUUGGGCGUGGGGGAAGAGGCGGACUUGGCGGGGGAGAGAGAGGCGGCGGUUGCAUUCGCGGAGGCGGCGAGGGCGGAGGGCGAUCGGUACCUGUGGGGCGGCACCACGGGGCCUCACUUCGACUGCAGCGGGCUCGUGCAGCGAGCAUAUGCAUCUGCAGGAGUGUGGGUGCCUCGAGAUGCCUUCCAGCAGGUCAGUGCGUGUGGUGCGUGUUGUACCCACUCCGCUCACUGGAAGGCACUGCUUCAUGGCCCUUGUGAACCACGUCGUUCAACUGCUGCACUGCCUGCUUCUCACACCCCUCCCUGUUCUCACACCCCUCCCGCACCCAUCCCUGCUCUCACCCCUCCCUGCCCUCACCUCUGUCGCCUCUCACCUGUCCGCCUCUGUGCUGCACGCCGGUUCCCACACCCUACCACCUCCCUCUGUGCUGCACGCCGGUUCCCACACCCUACCACCUCCCUCUGCGCGCCUCCCCUUGCGGCGCACGUCACACCGCACAGCACCUCAAUCAUGCAUCGCCACUCGGCAGUCACACCCACUUCCUUCGGGUGUCUGAGUCGACUCAUCAUCACCUUUGCUGCUGCUCACGUCCCCAUGGUGCAUGCGUCACUGGCUGGCUGGCAGGUGUUCUUCGGCACCACACGUGCCACGCAUGUUGGCAUCGUAACCUGCGCCAAGCUAUUCCACCGCAUUCCACCACUCGCCACCGGGUCCAGCCCCUCCCACGCGCGUGAGAGCAGGCACAAACAUGCAGAGGAGAGCAUCCCGUGCCAUGCAUGCGGAAGCACCCCCUCACCCGCGCGGCACAUGGUGCAGGUGGCGUUUCUGCACAGCUCCGGGCUCGAUGACGGCCACGACGGCAUCGUCUCUGACCGCCUGCGCCUGCUGCUGCCCUGCCCUCCACGUCGCACUCAGGUGUCGUGCGGCGAGGCACGUGUGUUGAGGGAGCACGCUCAUGGCUCAGGUGACGCGUGUGUGUGCUGCCGUGGCGUGAAUAAUCAGGGCGAGGGGGGAUCGGGAGAGGAGAGGCGUCUGGGAGCGGAGCAAGAGUGGGUGAGUGCAGAGGGAGGCAGCAGUGCGUGUGGAGCAGGCGAGGCAGGGGAGGCGGGGGAGGCGGGGGAGUGGAAGGUGGUGAAGGGGUGGCAUGUGGGCAGCAGGGAGGUGGGGAGGAAGGGAGAGAGCGCGCAGGCCGCCGUGGAGGGCGAGCAGGGGCACAGGCGGGAGGGAGGGAUGACGGUGCUGGCAAGCCACACGGCUGGCAAUGACGAAGCGGUUUUGCCAGAGGGAAGGGAGGGGGCAAAAGAGGGAGGGAUGGGGGCAGCAGAGAAGGGGGAGGCGGUAGAGGUGCAUGCGCGGGGCAGGGUGGCGGUGCACUAUGGCGCCCAGCUCAGGGGCUUCGGGCGCGUGCUGCAUGCCCUGCCACCAUCGCUCGCCCACAUCCCACCCCACCUCGUGCUGCCCCUUCAGUUGUAG